AUGGCGAGCGAUAACGAGCCCGCGAAGCUCCUCUUGCCGUACCUCCAACGUGCCGAUGAGUUGCAGAAACACGAGCCUCUCGUCGCUUAUUACUGUCGAUUGUACGCAAUGGAGCGAGGGCUGAAGAUCCCUCAGAACGAGCGUACCAAGACCACCAAUUCCCUCCUUAUUUCCCUCAUGAAGCAGCUUGAAAAGGAUAAGAAGUCACUGCAGUUGGGGCCCGAAGACAAUCUGUAUCUUGAGGGAUUUGCCUUAAAUGUUUUUGGGAAGGCAGACAAGCAAGAUCGUGCUGGUCGAGCAGAUUUGAAUACUGCAAAAACAUUUUAUGCUGCUAGCAUUUUCUUUGAGAUUAUUAACCAGUUUGGCGUGCUUCAGCCUGAUCUUGAGCAGAAACAAAAGUAUGCAGCUUGGAAAGCAGCAGAUAUAAGGAAAGCUUUGAAAGAAGGAAGGAAGCCUCAAGCAGGGCCCCCUGCUGGAGAUGAUGAUCUUUCAGUUCCAUCGAGUGGGAUGAGUGGUUCAUAUGAUCUUGGGCCAAGUGAAGCUGCAGUUACCAGUCCUGGACCACAAUCUGAUCCAUCACCCCAGUUUUAUGAUGAAGUCAACAAGCAGCACUCUACAGACACUUUACCUCCUCAGUUUCAUGAUAAUGCCAAAAUCCAGCGUUCAGCUAGCCUUCAAUCCUCACCUGAGUUCCAUGAUGAAGUCAAUGGCCAGCAUUCUUCUAACAAUGUGCCACCACCUCGGUCUUACUCUACUGCUGGUUACUCUUCCCAUGAUUUCCUUCCACCUCCUCCAACAAAUAGACCAGAAACUUCUGAUUAUUCUCAGCCAUACCAGCAGCAACCCUACCCGCAUGAACCCCAACAGCAUUUGCCACAUAACUAUCCCUCUCAUGAAAAUAAUUUCUCCUAUCCUAAUUUCCAAUCUUAUCCAAGUUUUACAGAAAGCAAUAUUCCAGCAGUCACAUCCCACUAUCCCUCUUACUAUCAGGGCUCUGAUCCUUCCUACUCUGCCCAGUCAGCUCCUUCCUACUCUGCCCAGGUAGCUCCUUCCUACUCUCCCCAGUCAGCUCCUUCAACUGCCCAAUACCAGUCGAGCAACAGAAAUGGGACUGUUCCAGAACCUGCUCCUACUCCUACUCCUGCAAAGACAUACCAGUAUGACAGUAGCUACCAGCCAUCACCUGAGAAAAUUGCCGAGGCACAUAAGGCUGCCAGAUUUGCAGUUGGGGCGUUGGCAUUUGAUGAUGUGUCAGUUGCAGUAGAUCACUUAAUUAAAUCACUUGAACUGUUGACGAAUCCAUCAGCUGGUCAUUGA